CGCGCCCCGGCGGGAGGUUUUUUCUGUGUGAGUUGAGAAGUAGAAGUGACACAACAUUUUUUAGAAUGUCUGAAGAUGAAGAAAAGGUGAAGUUACGCCGUCUUGAGCCAGCUAUCCAGAAAUUCACCAAGACAGUCAUCCCAACAGACUUGGAGAGGUUAAGAAAGCACCAGAUAAAUAUUGAGAAGUAUCAACGAUGCAGGGUUUGGGACAAGUUGCACGAAGAACAUAUCAAUGCAGGACGUACAGUUCAGCAACUUCGCUCCAAUAUCCGAGAAAUGGAGAAGCUUUGUUUGAAAGUCCGAAAGGAUGACCUGGUGCUUUUGAAAAGAAUGAUAGACCCUGUUAAAGAAGAAGCAUCAGCAGCAACAGCAGAAUUUCUCCAGCUCCACUUGGAAUCUGUUGAAGAACUUAAGAAACAGUUUAAUGAUGAAGCAACUCUAGUACAGCCUUCGUUAACCAGAUCCCUGACCGUUGGUGGAACGUUUCACAAUUCUGAAGCUGAAGAGAGUUCUCAGAGUUUGACUCAGAUAUAUGCUUUGCCUGAAAUCCCUCCAGAUCAAAAUGCUGCAGAAUCAUGGGAAAACUUGGAAGCAGACUUAAUUGAACUUAGCCAACUGGUCACUGACUUCUCUCUUCUAGUGAAUUCCCAGCAGGAGAAGAUUGACAGCAUCGCCGACCAUGUCAACACUGCUGCUGUGAAUGUUGAAGAGGGAACCAAAAACUUGGGCAAGGCUGCAAAAUACAAGCUGGCAGCCCUGCCUGUGGCAGGUGCGCUCAUCGGAGGAGUGGUGGGGGGUCCCAUUGGCCUCCUUGCGGGCUUCAAAGUGGCAGGAAUUGCAGCUGCACUUGGUGGUGGGGUGCUGGGUUUCACAGGUGGGAAAUUGAUACAGAGGAGAAAGCAGAAAAUGAUGGAGAAGCUCACUUCCAGCUGUCCGGACCUCCCCAGCCAAACUGACAAAAAAUGCAGCUAAAACCCAACUUCAGUCUUCUUGGUGCCACCGGAUCUGUCUAUCCUAGCAAGCACUCUGCUGCUGUUGGCCACUCCCCUGGCUUGGGACGCAGUAUGUCAAGACAGUAGCUCUAGAUGCCCCCAGGACGCAGACCUGGGAGAAGAGGGUAUUGAUGGAGGCGUUAGAGAUAGAGGAGCCUGAGCUGAGGGUGUGAAAUGUCUGUCGGGUUAAGCUUAAAGACUGCCAAAGAGCAAAUUUCUGCCUGGAAAUGUGAAAAUGGAACCUAUAACUAAGGACUUAAGAUGUGUAGGAAUAAGUUGGAGACCUUAAGGCCACCUAUAUGCACAUGGUGUAGCCGAUGGUGGAGGAGAGGAGGGGCGUCCAGGAGCCAUUCUAUCAGGUAGGGAAGUGCGGCCCAGCAAGAGGUGCAGGGCAGCCUCGUGGUGGCCACUUGGUGAAGCCGAUUGCAUUUGGACCACCUGUGUUUUCUGGUGAAGGAAAUUCAUAGUAUAAGGAGAUGGCAAGGGGUGCCAGCUUCUCUUUCCAUGUCUCUGUCUCCGACACUGACUUCUUUUCUGAAUCCUUCCUUGGCCUUCUAGAAAUAAAGAGCACAGAACCCCAUUGAUGGACCAGCUAGUGCACGAGUUCCUCCCCAGGCCUCCGAGCCCCGGUGCCCCUUCCCUCCUCUCCUUUGAGUUUUGAGCUGCUGUUCGUCUGGUGGGGUGCGAUGUUCACCCAGGGGUGAUGAGGACUUUUCUGAUAGCCUGCCAUUUUGUAUGAUUUGCCAUCACUGCCCAGCCCUUCCUGUAACUUUUUAGGAAGGAGGGAGGGAAGGAAGGAAAAAGGAAAUUUCCAAAUAUUUCCAGCAUCGUUAGAGUUGAAAAGGCUGGGGGAGGGGGCAAGGUGAGGCCAAAUUCUAGGAUACUUGCUGGUUUCCAGGCCCUGGUUCAGUAUCUGCCUCCCAGGGGUCUUCAGCUCUCGGUUUUCUUCUCAGCUGGUCUUGGGGGGAGCUCAGAACUAGCUUUCUACCUCACUGCAGUGACUGUCAUGCUUCCCCCUGCUUUGUUCGCUCCUGCGCAUGUGCUCCUUGCCUCUCGCUGCCGCUCUUCCUAACAAUGGCACCGUGUUACCAUUCUCCCACUGUAGACACAGGCCAGCCCAGACUCAGACCCAAUGAAGGACUUGUGGUGCUAAUCCAAAACGUGACAUUUGACAGCAAGCAUGGUCUAGUCCAAUCCUAUGACUGUCACAGACAACGAAAAGACUUUAACUUUUUGUGUGUGAGUCAGUCCUGGGACUUGAACUCAAGGCCUGAGCACUGGCAUUGAGCUUUUGUGCUCAAGGCUAGUCCUCUACAGCUUGAGCCACAGCUCUCCUUUA